AUGCAAUCGGUUAUGGAGUAAGAUACCCCGAUUCAAAACUGCACACACGCAUACUGACCUUUCCCAGGAUGAUUCCCACGCCAUCUACCAACGAACUCGAUGCGCCAUCCCUGCGCAAGUGCGAUCAUCUCAGCUGCCCCGGUAUGCCGGACGAGCAAGCGGGUCAAGCCAACUGGAACACCUACGCCGACUUCAUGAGCCGCGACGCCGUUGAGGUCCGCCAAAACAUGAAGGCGCUUGAAUUUGUUCCGGCGGGCAACUGCAUCGAAGUCGGCGUACUCAAGGGAACCCAGCGUAUUGUGCUCGCUAUCCGUGCAGAUGAAUCGCGCAUGCUUUUCGACAACAUGUGCGAGGAGGAGCGGGACAAGUACUACAUGGCCUCUCGCGACAGGCACUCCAGAGAGAUCUGGCAGCGCAAGAUCGUGCUCGUGGCGACUCCAUACCGCAGCACCUUGGCCGGCCCCACCGAAGCCGACGAGAACGAGCUCACCGACCAGCAUGGGGUCCCUGGCUUUCUCGCCGCGGCCCACGUCCUCAAGUGGUCGCUCGUCGUCUUCAACCGAGAGUUCAGGUCCAGCAUCAGCUACUCGGACACUUGGAACAAGAUCAAGGACGCCCUGGAGGAGGCAGACCUGCUCAAUGCUGAGCUCUAA